AGAGGAACCCUAAGUCCCUGACUUUAUCUACGUUUUCCCUUCUAAGAUUAUCCGUUUCUUCCAUAAACGCAUCUCACAUCUGCUUAGCGCCGACCGCCACCAAUCAAACAUGCCAGGCGCCAUUGUCGAAGAAAUUGAAACCCAGCAGAAGCUCGAGCACGAUGAGCACCCAAUCGUUGAGGACGUUAAAGAUGAGGAUGACCACGACCAUGAAGAUGCCGACUCCGACGAUGAUGAGGAUGAUAAGGAAGACGGUGCCCAAGAUGCAGGUGGGAAUGAGAGUUCAAAGCAGAGCAGAAGUGAGAAAAAGAGCCGUAAGGCAAUGUUGAAGCUGGGGAUGCAACUUGUUCUUGGUGUGAGCAGAGUCACCAUCAAAAGAACAAAAAACAUGAUGUUUUACAUCUCUAAACCUGAUGUCUUCAAAAGCCCCAACUCUGAUACCUAUGUCAUAUUUGGAGAGGCAAAGAUUGAAGAUCUGAGCUCACAACUGCAGACUCAAGCUGCUCAACAGUUUAGAGUGCCUGAUUUGAGUUCUGUUAUGGCAAAGGCAAAUACUUCUGCUGCAGUUGAUGCACAUGCAGAGGAAGAAGAAGAAGAAGAGGAGGUUGAUGAGACUGGUGUUCAGGCUGGAGAUAUUGAAUUGGUUAUGACACAGGCAGGUGUGUCUAGACCAAAGGCUGUCAAGGCUCUCAAGAACCACAGUGGGGACAUUGUCAGUGCUAUCAUGGAGCUCACCACUUAGGUGACACUUAUUUUAUUGUCUUUCCUUCUCUUAGUUUUGGAUUCUUCCUUUUUACAUUGAGCAGUUUUGAUUCUACAAUGAGAAUGCAUUGACAAUUUCAUCAACAUCUUUACAUGUUCAUGCAAAAUUCAUAUCAUUAUUUUGAUCAUGAUGCUUGUAAUGGUGCCCCUACGCCAUUUCAGAGCUUUCAAUUUCAAACAUAGGUUUUUUCAGAGCUUGUUAUAAGCCUACAAGCAGCUUCAUGUAUCUGUUUGGGAGCAAUUGGAGAUUGUUGGAACUUGGAAAUAGGAUUGAAAUGGGAGUGUUGAUGAUUGAUUUGCUUUGAUAGUUGUAAGAUCGUGUGAUAACUUCUCUUAAAACUAUUUGCUCCUUACGCCUGAG